AUGAACCUCAGGCCAGGUCUGGAGACCAGUUUAGGAGGAAAGCUGGUCCACCCUCAGAAGCCCAUCCCUACAACUCACCUCACCUUUGUUAUUGACCUUUCUUGUGGGAGACAGAUCUCCCUGGCGACACCCCCAAUAAAGCCCCGAGUCCCCAGGUCCUACCGAGAACAUGUCACCCCUGCAAUGAAGACUCAUGUUGUGUUCUGUGGGGAGAACUGGCCCAAUCUGACUCAGGUAGCCCCUCUGGGCAAAGGAGACCCUACCCAGGCCAGGGACACCCUGCUACCCUGCAGAGAGAUAGGGACCUCAGCUUCCUUGCCAGCCAACUUGCUCUGUCCUCAGGAGGCUUCUAAACCCAAACGGAGUCCCUUAAAGGUCAUGCCCACAACGUGUUCAGCAUGGGGAACAGUCAAGGGUUCACUCAAAGCUCUCUCCUCUUGUGUGUGCGGACACACUGAUUAA